AUGACGGCCCAUAUGACGGAAAUGACAGACCAAGUUGCACCUGGUUUGGCACAUAAGGUCCGCUUCAUUCAAGAUCAUUUUAGAUGCUUUAAUGGGGAUCAUCUCCCAGCUGAAAAAUCCAAUGAACCCGUUCGUUCAAUCAGUCAAACGGAUCAGAAGAAUUUAGACUCAACAAACUCCUUUGGAUACAUCCGUUUUCCAACAAGUCUCGGCCAGGGAAACCUGGUAACAGAGUACGUACGAAUUGCGCACAGUGACAAAGUGGAAGAUGUAAUGUCGCUAAUGGGCAUUCACUGGCGCUUCAAACAUCCAAGAAUCGUACGCAACGGGAAUGAAGGAGACGGCAUGCAUGCUGAAAAUCUUGUUUUUGAAGAUUGCCGAAAAGAAUUGCUGAAAACAAUUCCAAAGGGAUCCAAGCUCAGAAGAAUACCGGACACUGCAUGGCAAGUGGAACUGGAUAAGAACCCACGACUCUGUAUUGCAGUCUUGGGAGGAGAGGAAAAUUUCGUCUUGGAAGAGAGCAAGAGUGAAACGUUUAAAAAAGGUCUCAUCAAUGCAGCAGAAACAACUGACGGAUGGAUAAUAACCACCGGUUUGAAUAAGGGAGUCGUCCGAAUUUUGAGUGAAGCUCUGGAGGAUCAUCAUACCCGCUGCCUGGACCCUCAGUCAAAUAGACUUCGUUGUCUUGGAAUCGUGUUGUGGAGAAGUGUACGCAACCGUCUUAUUCUUGAAUCAAAUACGUACACAGGUCCCGCUGAUUAUGUCGAAACCAUGUCGACCGACGAACCAAACACGGCAUAUCUGGAACGGCAUCACACACACUAUUUGUUUGUGGACGAUGGAAAUCGCCUUACGAAUGGUGAAAACAAAGCUGUAGAAUUCUGCACUUCCCUCUGCAAAGCGCUAUCAAAACCAAUGAUAAAACAAGGAUGGGCGAUCCCUGUUGUGGCAGUAGUUCUCAACGGUGGUGUGGACGUACUUGAAGCAGCUCAAAAAUUCAUUCGACAACAAUUGCCAGUCUUUGUGUGUGCAGGAAGCGGUCGAGCAGCCGACCUCAUAGGCUUGGCCUAUUCUCUUCGUCUGAAGUACACUGGCCUAACUUUUGACACCUUUCAUCAGACUCAUCUUCAUCUGCUGCAUCGAAAGGCUACGGAUAUGCUGCAGCUGACCAGUGGCACUAACACUCAUGGCAUCAUCUCGAUGCUACAAGAAAUCGUGCGGGAUCCCUCACUACUAACGGUCUGCGAUAUGAACGUACUCCAGAAUCUGGAUGUGGAAAUUUUGUAUGCUGUGCUCAGUUCAAUGUCUGGUCUGACUAGAAAACAGUUGGAACUAAGCCUGUCUUGGAACCGGAGUGAUCUAGCUGAGAGAGCACUAUUUCAACGAGGGAUUCCAGUCGAUUCAGAUCUUUUGAGUCCGUUAAUGAAGGAGGCCAUGCUCGAGGACAAGGCGGACUUUGUUAAAUUUUUCCUGCAAAAUGGUGUUUCCAUGCAAAAGUUUCUCACGUUGGAACGCCUUCAUCAGCUCUACAACCCCUGGAAAGUGACGGAAAACGAUGACGACGAUGCUGACGAUUCGGAAUGUUCACCCUAUAAAAAUGACCAGAUAUUCCUUUCAACACUUGCCAAGGUUCUGAAUAGACGUCUGUCAACAUUUAGCCAUAAGGUGUAUGCACUGGAUACACCGGAAGUACACGAAAAGCUGGAGAGUUGGAACAAGGUUGCUGCGCAUGAAUUUGAAUGUCCUUUCCAGGAGCUCUUCUUGUGGGCCCUACUCUGUCAAAGACCAAAUUUAUCCCUAUUUGCUUGGGAGCGCAGUCAAAAUACAGUGACACUGGCUUUAUUUUCGUGCAUGCUAUAUCAAGACAUUAUCAAGUCUCUUCCACGCUACGAUACGGAGAGCAAACAAAUGUACAAAAAACGAAUCGAAACAUACGAAUCACUUUCGGUUGGAGUUUUGAUGGAAUGUCACAAACGAGAUCCGGAUCUAACUCAACUGCUACUUGAAUCGACGACACCAAUCUGGGGUGGGUACAACUGUUUGGUCUUGGCAGCCGUGGAAGACAGGAAGCGGUUUUGCAGUACGACAGCCUACCAAAACUCGCUAACUUUUUCUUGGACAAACGGAAUCAGGACCAGUACUCCUUUCCUACUUCUGACUUUGAUGUGUCCGUUGGUUCUGCUUAUCUCCGAUCGUUAUAUCGAAUUCAUCAGUCCUGUGCGGCAGCGCAUCGGUUCGAGGCACCAAAAAGAAGAUGACAUUGCGGAGGUCAAGGUCAACCGUACAGAAGAACCGGUGUCAUUUUCCAAGAAAAUUAGACGAAUUUACACCGCUCCAGUGGUGAAAUGUCUCCUUAGUUCGAUAUUUCAUGUCGCCUUCCUAGCAUUCUUCUCUUACACCAUGUUAUUCCGCAUGGUCCCAUCGCAUGUCACAACGGAAGAGGCACUCGUAAUGGGAUAUUUCCUCUGCUUCUUCAUAGAUGUCCUCAGAAAGAUUGUACUUGUCUCCCGUUCGAGCCUGAGCCUUAAGCGGUAUUUUCAACUAUAUGGUUGGUUCUUACUGGAUCUAUUCAUCAUCCUUUUGGCAAGCUUGAGUAUGCUGUUCCGAAUUGGGCUGUCUGAAGGUUUCGCAGUGGCCAAACCGUUUUACGCGCUAACAUUGGUCUUCUGUUACACGCGUGUCUUUGCUCUUUACGGCGCGAUUCCCGUGUUGGGGCCGAAAAUUGUGAUGAUUCAACGGAUGCUCAAAGAACUCGGCCUGUUCUGCCUGAUCGUCGUGGUCAUACUGGUUGCCUAUGGGGUUGCCGUACAGGCCCUACUUUAUCCAAGCCGGACCUCUUUCGAUUGGACUGCUCUGCGAGAUGUGGUUCACUACCCGUACUGGAAUUUGUACGGUGAACUGAACCUCGACUACACUCUCGCUGAAAAACCAAACUGCUCCGAGUUCUCCAGUGACCCAAACUGCCCACAUUUCAACUACAUGGUGCCCUUCAACGUCUUUCAGGAUGUCGAACAAAUAUCGGUUCAGCUAUGGAAACACAACCGCUUUGCCUUGGUGUUCGCAAACAAGUUGGCGACCGUCCUACCUGUUCCCCUGUCAAUUUUUGAAAUUAUGAAGGAAUUGUUCUGCUACUUAUGUAGUGUGCACAGUCAAAUUCCGACAUCAUCGAGAAGAGAUCGCACAGAUCCUCUUCGGAUUCCCAUGUUGAAGGGGGAGAUUCCCACGGAUCCACUGAAAAAUUUCCUUUCAGACGACGAACUCAUUCGACGCUUUGAAACCGCAUGCACACAUAGCUAUUUGCAUAGCAGACAAGCUGACCGCUGUCCACAAGUGGAUCCGAAUUGGAAUUAUGUUAAAAACCGAAUCGACACUCUGAGAUCGGAGUUCCAGGAUUUCACUCAAAUGUUCGAUUGGCCAUCACAGCGAGACUCGAGUACAAGUACGUCAGUUAAAAUUGGGGGUGUCACAUCGGGUUUCCCGAAGGUAAUGCCGCCAAAAGACUGGCCCAAAUUUUUCCGCAUCGGUGACAACUUAGCGCCAUUCCAUGAUCCCGAAUCUACACUGUCGAGGAAAAUGUGGUCUAAUUUUAUUGUUUUGUGUAUGCAUUUUCAUUUAUUUUUCUCGUUUUGAGGCUGCCACAUUAAGCGCCAUCUUUACUGUUUCUUCAGCUGAUUUUGCUUGACUUCGUGACCGAAUACUUUCUGCUUUAAUCGUUGUGGUACAAAUUAAACGAUUAAAUUUUUUCGAAUAUGAAGGUUGUUCUCUGGACAUCAACGCAG